UGACAGCCAAUAGACAGCCAGCAAUUUAGCCGUCAUAGGAGUCCGACGAUAAGAUGCAUAUCAACUCAGCGAAGUACGGGCACGUCAACAUUUCCGACCGCACUUGAAACUAUCCGACCCCUCAUCGCGUCCCAGAUUUCGGCAUUGGUCUUCCAGCUUUCUUUACUUGAAAUCAUCUUGUUCGUUUUUCCAGAUGACGGUAAGCGUGUACUCUCUGUCUUGAAACCAAAGUAAACAUGGAUCUUGCUUUCAAUCAUACCUCUCACUCCAUUUCACCAGACAUGCUGUCAUGGAUUGACUUGGCUUCCGAGUCGGCUGCCACGAUCGGAUCGACUGCUCUCAUAGCAACCCUGGUCAGCGCUCUGGCAUACUUGUCAUACACUCCUAAGGUCGACAAAAAGUCACCAGCCUUUACGUCUGAUACAUUUCCGUUCAUUGGGUCAUGGAGGUUCUUCACUCAGAAAAUCGGCUUCUGGAAGAAGUCCAUGGCAGAAUCCAAGACAGGUAACUUCAGUUUCUGGCUCGGCAAGAACCAUAUAGUCGGUGUUUCCGGAGAGGCUGCGCGCAAGAUGUAUCUAGACGAUCGUCGUCUGCACCUCAUCAAAGGAAUUACCCUCAUCGGACAUGGGCCAGACUUCAUAGACGGGCGAUCAACUGUCAUCCACGAUAUUUGGAAGGGUACCGGCUCGAGUGAUCGUUCCUAUGCCGUUCGCCGGUUGCUCGACCUGCAACGAUCAGAUCUUCUUGUGAAGCGUCUUCCUCGGGUGACAAAAGACGCUCGCGUUGCUUUGGAGGCCAUAGCUGCGAACCUAUCUCCGGUCAUAAACCCAUCAAAGGUGUGCUAUCGCCUAGUGGUGAAGCAAGGUGCCCGUGUUGUGGGUGCCGACGAGAUCUCGGAUGAUCCAAAGCUACUGGAUGCUCUUUUGAGCUACAUGCCAAUUCUCCAAUUCACCAGCAGUCUGCACCUUCUUGCUGUGCCUUGGCUCUCUUAUUUCAGCUUAUCAUACUGGAAACGCAGAUACGGACGUUGGGGAGUUACCAAGAUCGUGACCCCUCUUGUCAACAAGCGCAUGGAAAAGGAUGCCGCUCGCGUGGACGACGCUUUACAAACUUUGAUCGACCACGGUGAUAGCAAAGAUUACAUCACCAACUUCCUGAUCAGCAUGCUGUUCAUCACUGGGGCCAAUGCCGGCGUCAUAUCUGGCUCCAUGCUGAACAUUGUGGCCCAUCACCCGGACUGGCAGGAGAAAAUGUACCGUGAGAUCAAAGCUGCCGCCAAUACCCAUUCCCGGAACAAGAAUGCGUCCCUAGUCGAUCAGCUAGACUCGCUCCCAUUUGAUGCGUGGGAAGAUAUGUCGAGCUCCAUCGACCUCUGCUACAAGGAGGCGAUUCGAAUGUGGGUAGCAUUCCCCAUGGGUCGCUUCAACGACAGCCCCAACCCUAUCCCGAUUCCCGGAACCAACGAGGUCAUACCACCAGGCAGCUUUGCCUGCUACAAUACCGUUGACGUACAUUACUCCGAGAAAUUAUACCCAGACCCGAUGAAAUGGGAACCUGAGCGCUGGCUUGAAGGUCGUGAGGAGUUCAAGAAAGAAGCAUACGGCUGGAUGGGCUGGGGCGCGGGCCGUCACCCUUGUGUUGGCAUGCGUUGGGCCAAGAUCCAGCAGAAUAUCAUCCUCGCAUAUGCCUUAGCCUUGUAUAAAUGGAGCGGUUGCGACGAGAAUGGGGAGCUCAUCUCGAAAUUUCAGCAACCGACGCAUGCGCUCGAUCAUCUCGCUCCCAAGCUACCCCAAGGCACUCAUUGCAAAUUUGUUCCUAGAGAGGCAGAAUAAAGCGUGAAAAGAUAAGACAGAUGGGAAGGAAGCCUAUGAAGGCAAAUGAGGAAGCAUGAGCCUGUAAUCCGCGAUAGGUUCCGAACCUUUCUACAGAAUGAAUAAGCAAUGAAUUCAGCUUAAAAUGAAGAAUCA